AUGCUAGAGUUCAAUUCACCACCAUUGAAAUGGCUGAAUACAUUACGGCUCCAGAUAAAUCCCUGCAAAAUCUACUUUGCUGGUCCUGAGGUCAACGUCUCAAACCGUGUGCUACGUCAUUUUCCAGUGGAUAUAGAGAACUUCAUUCGUGUUACUUUUAUCGACGAAGAGUUAGAUGACAUUUACUUUACAGACUUGGCUCCACAUGGAUCAUCUGCAAAUGAUACUAAGAAAGGUGCUCUUUAUACUCUGCGCAAUGGUGUAAAUGUUGGCAAUGGAAUAGAGAAGAUUUCUGUGCAAUUUGCCAAGCAAGUUGCAGCAAAAUGGAGAUCUUGCAAAGGUUCUGUCCCAUCAGCAUUUCAGAUUCGAUAUGGUGGAUAUAAAGGUGUUGUAGCAGUGGAUCCAACUUUAACUAAGAAAUUGUCCUUCAGAAAGAGCAUGUGCAAGUACGAGUCUGAGAACACAAAGCUGGAUGUGCUUGCUUACUGCAAGGAGCCCUUCUAG